AUGUCCGGAUGCCCAUUCUUCACCCUCGCUCCCUCAAAAGGAACAAUAAAAUCUCCUUUCGCAAUUAAUAAAACCCAUAGAGUCGAUGACCCUAGCUGUUUUCAAUUCACUCAAGACUACUCCAAGCCUUAUAUAUCUCCGUAUAUUGAUGCAUUCGCACGUUACAAACCAGAAAAAUUCCCUUGCUUCUACAACCUUCCUUUUUAUCUUCAAAAUUCUUUAUUCCAUCACACCUUUAUAUCUCGACACAGGAAAACAGAAUUUACAAACAAAGUAAUGAUCGCUAAUGAGCUUCGAGAGUCAGGGAAUAAAAACUUCCACAAAGGCCACUAUUUUAAAGCAUUUUUAUGCUAUGACCAUUGCUUAGGACUAUUUUCGUGGAUUGAGAUGGAAAGUCAAGAAGAUGAUGAAAAUUUGAAAAUUAUCCAAAAUCCAGAAGAGGACCAAUUAAAUGAAAAAUCAAGAAUUGGCAUGAUUUCACAGGUUUUAUUGAAUAUGGCUGCUGCACUUAUAAAAUUAAGGAAUUUUAAAGAAGCUUUAGAUGUCUUAAAAGAAGCCAUUUUAAUCAGCCCUAAAAAUCAAAAAAACAAUGGAAUGAGAGCUAUAUGCCGCGCUGCAAAUAAAGAAUCUGACAUUUCCGCUUUACAGUUAGCACUUGAUGAUGCAAAUAAAGCUGCUGGAAAGUUUGCUGAAUACCGAACUGUAAUAGACUAUAUAAAUGAGAUUUUACGAGAAAAGUACCAAGAAGAGUGCCAGUUUUACAAAAAUUUUUUCAAAAAUGUCAAAGAAUACUCAGGGACUCGUCCAAACACAGACUAUGAGUUUGAGCAUACAGUAAUAAAAAAACUUGAGUGCAAAUAUCAAAAUAUGCUAAUAUAUUAUAGAGAAUCUGAUAUAUUAGGAAAAGUAGAAGAUGAGCACAGAGAGGUGGUUAAAGUUUGCUCCAAAAUGAAUUGGAUAUCGAAUCUUUCGUUAAAUAGCCCAAGUGUUCUGAUGUCUAAGCACGCAGAGGCUGUUGGGCUUGAUAUUUCUGAUAUUUCUAUUGAUAAUGCUUUUGAAGGUGUGAAAAGACUUGAGAUCGUAAAAUCAUUUAAAGAAGGAAAAUACAACCAACGCCUUCUAUAUCAAAGCAUUCAAGAAACAAUGGAAGAGUUUGAAAGAAAUCCUAAAAAAGAAGAAAUUGAAGAAGAUGAAGGUUGUUUCACCUGGGAAAAAGGUUUAAUUAUGUUUCUCAUCUGUGCAAUAUUGAUUUACAUUUUUUCAACCCCAAGCAAAUCUAUCACUAGAUUCAGCAAUAACUUCUAG